AUGUAUUUUUCAAUUCUGUCUUUAGUUUUACCUGGUUGUACCCCGUUCCCCACAGAUGUUAUAUUUGUGUUGGAUUCUUCCGCAAGUCAGACAAAGGAACAAUUCGAUGUACAACUUGAUUUUGUGAUAAAAUUUGUUGAAAACGUGAACAUCAGCAGAGAAGAAUUUCAGAUAGCAGUUAUAACAUAUUCAACAGAAGCAAGAGUAGAUAUAAACUUCUAUCAGUCCACAGACAAGGACACACUGCGUCGUCUAAUUGAAGACAUCAGAUUCCGACCUGGUGCCACAUUUACAAAUAAAGGUCUAAAAGUGGCAAUGAAUGUUGCGAGAAAAAGUGAGAGGCGGAAAGGCAUGGUGACCUUGACUUAUGCAUUUGUUCUUACUGAUGGUAUGUCAAACAAAAGAACAGAAACAAGAGUAGCUGCUAAGGAAUUAAGAAAUGCUGAUGUCCAUGUUGUUGCAAUAGGCAUUGGAAAAGAAGUUUCACAUCAAGAACUUGUCGACAUUGCUUCUCCGGGAGAUACCUUCAGUCCCUCUUACGUCUACUCUGUCAGAGACUUUAACGCUCUGGAUACCUUACUGAAACACCUUGUGCAGAUAACAUGUGACGACUGCACCGCCACCAGCGACCGUUCCGAUAUUGUGUUCCUUUUAGAUGAAAGUUACGAAAUGAGUGAGACUGAAUUUCAGAUAUCUGUGGAUGCCAUGACGGCGAUUGUUAAGAGUAGUAACCACAUUGGUGAACCUGAUGGUCCGAUGUUUGGUUUAGUUCGACUGGGAAACACAUUGAAGACUGUAAUAGAGCUAUCCGGAAGCCAGAUGCAAAAUAGCCUUCAAGUUCAAUUUCAGACAUUAAACAGGAGACAAAAUGAAGUUUGCGAUAAAGACGAGCCAUGUAGUGGAGGAAAUAUCACGUCAGCAAUUACUCAAAUAUAUAAGAAUUUCUACAAUACCAUAGAACGUCAGAAUUCUAGAAAAUUUCUUAUUAUUCUGUCAAGUGGAAAGUUUGAAAACCAGGAAAUCAUCAAAGAAGAGAUGGUGGCAAUCAAUAACGUGUCAGAUGUGAAAUUGUUUGUGAUUGGUCCAGGACUUGAUGUAAAUAUGGAUGGAUUGUUGUCAUUGGCUGAAGAAGCUAAUCAUGUAUAUGCAAUUCUUGACACUAAUGACCUGUCAAAACUAGAUGUAAUGCAGUCAGAAUUUUCGUAUAACGUCUGCAAGAAGAAGACAUAAAGCAUUCAAGACGAAUUCAAAACUAGUUAAGUUGAAUGCAUGCAUGAGAUAUAUUCAUUUUUAAAGUUAUUUUGAGAAGUAGCUUGUCUGUUGCGUGUGUUUAUAUUUUGAGCUACAAAGUUUGAUAUCCAUUUAAAGGAUGUUUGUUAAGCGUCUUAGCAGUUAUUAUUUUACCUAAGUGAUAUAAUAGAGACAGCAAGGUUUUUGUACAUUUUUUCAAGUUAAUGCUGCUACUCUUGUAGCCAUUAUGUUUUUUUUUUAUUUCAACGGCCGUUUUUCAUUUUAUUGUGCUACUUAUUGUACAUAGAUGUGCUCAAUCAUAUCGGAAAAUUAAACCCCUCGACUUUUCGUACAAAUGAAAAUUAUAUACAUGUACUAGUAUAGCGCAAAGACUGAGUCCUUUAUUUAGAGUUAUGGAAAAUAAUAUAGGUGGCUAUAGGAACAAUUUCUUUGAUGUCAUUCAUUCCGUAAGCUUUUAUGUUGCCAUUUUCCUUUUACGUGGCUAAAGGAACAAUAGAGAGAACAAAAGUGUAGCCACAUAAAUACCCAUAUACAGGAACGUCCGUCCGUCCGUCACACUUCUUGUCUGGAGCAUUUCUCAGAAAGGUUGAAUGUACUAAAUUGUAAUUUCAGACACUGAUAGAGCUUAUUGAGAGAGAGAGUGCACUGAUAAUUAUACACCAUAACUGGUACCAUUUUAGAAUUAUCUUCCUUUUUGUAACGUGUCCGGAGCGUAAGUUCAAAACGAUGAAAGGGAUUGACUUGAUACUUAACAUAUUGACAAAAAUCAGUGAGAGAAAGUGCAUUGUCAAAGAACCAUAGCUGACUCCAGUUUUUAAUUAUCUCCACUUAUGUUAAAAAAGCUUGUCCGGGGCAUAAGUUAAAAAGUAUAAGAAGGAAUGACUUAAUACUUCAAACAAAUAUAGAGGUCAAUGAAAGAAACUGAAAUAACUAGAACAUAUAACUCUAGCUGAACUCGUUUUUCAAUUAUCUCCCUUUAUGGAAAAAGCUUAUCCAGAGCUUAAAUCCAAAAAUAUGAAAGAGAUUGAUUUGAUACUUUAUAUAUAAAUAGAGGUCAGUAAGAGGAUAUGCAUUGUCAAAGAACCAUAACUCAAACUAAUCCAAUUUUGAAUUAUCUCCCUUUAAGGAAAAAGCUUGUCCAGAGCAUAACUUGAAAACUAAAUGAGGGAAAAACACAAUACUUUACACAUUGAUAGAAAUCAGUGAGAGGGAGUGCAGUGUCAAAGAACAAUAAUUCUGGCUUGCCCUGCUUUUGAAAUAUUCCCUUUUAUGUCCGAAAAUACUUGAAAAGCAUAUAAUUGACUCAGUAUUUUACACAUUUAUAGAUGUCAGUGGGAGAAUAUAAGAUUCUUUCACUGGUUAUAGGUGCAGAUGGGAAUUUCCGGCCUCGAAGGUAACUGUUUAGGCGGUAACGAGGUUCCUACCGAGUUACCGCCUAAACAGUUACCCGAGAGCCGGAUAUGCCCAUCUGCAUCUAUAACCAGUGACAGAAUCUUUUUCUUGCGUACCGAUAUCAAGAUAUAAUAAUAAAAAUAAAAUCAGUCGAACGGCUUUCUUUUUAGAACUAUUUCUUAUAGCAGCGUAUUCAAACAAAGCGCGGGAAAUCAACGUCCGUAAACAGGAAAGACGUCAUGACGUUUCAAAGACAAGAAACAAUGUUUAGUUCCG